GAAAGUGAACAUGUAAUGCAUAUGUUGUAUGGUGUAUAUAGAAGUUCAUUCGCAGGCAGUUAAUUGUCCAUUAAAACCAUGAUAGAGUAGUGUUUGAACACGCGCCUAACUGAUAAGUACAUUAACUUUUAAAAGUUAUAGUGUACGCAUUUUAACUGCUGGGUAGAUAUAACUGGAGAUACUAUUUAUCUAUUUAUGAAAGUUAAAUUAGCUUCGAAUAUUAUUUAGGGUUGACUUGCACGUAGCGUGAUCUCUGGAUUAAUUUGCAUUACAAGGCCAGAUUUUAAUUAUGCGAUUUAAACCACAAGAAUCUCAAUUGGUCUCUUUCAGUUAAAACAUUUAAUGACAACGUUAAUUUAACCUGUGUAUUAAUGACUGUGGUGUGUGUUUAAUGUGUUUAAUUACGUAACUAGAAUGAUGGAGCGCUCGACAGAGGAAAGAAUUACUACUGCAUUGGACAAGUUGAGGAAUGAUCUUAUUGAACUGAGAAACACUGACAUCAAAUUACUGAUCCAGCUUUUAAAUAUACAUGACACAAUACAGACUUUACUGAAGCACAGAACAAUGUCAAGGACGCAGUCGUGUUACAACUGUUUAACAAGUAACAACAAAUUAGGCAGUAUAACAUCCCUCAAACUAGAGACGCCAAUCUUACGUCAACAAAGCAUGCCGUCAUUUUGUAACUUAAGUAGUUCGUGUUCUAGUUUAGCAGAGUCCUCGCCAGUAAACAACAUGUUUUAUUUCGCCGAAAGUGACGAAGAUAUAUCUGAAACACCAGAAAUAUCUGACAUAUCCGAAAAUACGUUAACAACUUUCCAGUCAGAAGCAACAGAUGUACAAAAAUAUGAAGACAUUCUGAAGUUCAGUGUUCAGGAAUGGAAAUCGACACAGUCUGUUGAGAUUUGUCUUGAAACAUAUUUAUCAUGUAAAUCAUUUGAGAACAAUGUGUUUUGAUGAUAAACAUAUAUAGAUACACUGUA